GGUCGGUGGUGUUGGAUGUUGAGUCUGCGGCUAGAGCCGGAGGCGUGGCAACAGCGCGUCGAGAUCGUCGCUGGCUGGCUGAGUUGUUGGACGGACGGACGGAUGGAUCGGGAGCAGGUCUUCGGGACGCGCACUCAGGACCUGCCAGGUCGGGUGCACGACCUGAGGAACAUGUCCAAGAAUAAGGGCGAGACGGAGACGAUGCCGAGACGGGGAAAGGUCAGCGAGGUGUGCCGAGAGUGGCUUGUCCACGAAGACGGCGCCCUCGCUUAUCAGCUGCAAAACCAAGAAAUAAAGCAACACUACUCUGGAAACAAAACACGGAACGCGACUGUGCGGGAGGACAUUCCGCACGCCAGGACGGAGCAGCAGAGGGAGGAGGAGGAGGCCGCCUACAUCAAGGCCAUGUACGAGCAGAUGCUGCGAGACCAAGAGGAGCAAGAUGCCGAGAUCGCGAGGAAGCUUGCUGAGCAGCUGGAACGCGAGGAGCAGGAAAAGAGACUCAGGGCCGAGAGCUACGACAGGAAAAUCGCCUCCCAGCUGCAGAUGCAAUCGCAUCAGGCGCAGGAACAAAAGCGGCCGCGUUCGCUGGACCAAAGAAUGAGCCAAAUGAGUGUGUCUUCUGAUGUACCUGGGCCGUCCGGUCUGCAAAUGUCGCGGCGAGCGGCGCCCCUGCCGCAGCCGGCAGACCUGGACGACCUCACAGACUUUUGUCUGCAGCCGAACGCGGACAUGAGCGAAGAAGAGGCGCGGCUCUUCCAACAGGAGCAGGACGAGGAAUUGGCGCGGUUGCUGCAAGAGCAGGAAAUGAAGCGCAGGGGCGACUCGCACAUCGACAAAGACAGGCAGUUGGCCGUCGAAGCUCAGGACCACGAAUUUGCCAAAAUGCUGCACGACAAGGAGAGGGCGAAGCUGCGCCGAGCUAAAGAGAGAGCAAGACUGAGGCGGCAGCAGAAGGAUGAGGAGGAGGCAGCUGAGGCGGGGGUGGUGGGGGCGGCAGGCGUGCCGAGGGGGACGGGAAAGCCGCGCUACCCUGACCCCCCGCAGACGGUGGCCCAAAAUAUCGCGGUGGCCAUCGACCCGACGUACAAGAUGGCGUCGCGGCCGCCGCUGGGAGUCAGUCCAGAGCCGGACGUGAUCACCACCGACCUGGACCAUGAAGUCUUCGUGGACGACGAGGAGGAGGAGGAGGAGGCGCCGCCGUACAUGCCCAUUCAGGGCCAGCGGAGGACCUCAUCGCUCGAGAAGAAGAAGAAAAAGGACCAGGGGUGCAAGCAGCAGUGAUUUCAUUUUUUUUUGUUCUAACCUAGCAUUAGACACCGGAAGCUGAAGGCUAGUCAGACCAAUCUGGAAAUAGGGUUUUGUUAGUUUAAUCUGCAUUUUAAGAUGAUACAAAUACUCCUCUCUCUACACAACCACGUUUUUCUUUCUUUACUCUAUUGUUUUUUAUACACGAAUAAACCUUUUUUAUACAAAA